AUGGCAGCAUUAUCACAAUCUGUGCCUUUACCAACACGCCCUGGGGUUUCUUCACAAAGGGCUUCCACUCCCAAUCCCAAUCCUUAUGAUCAGCGUGAUCUACAAGGGAAAGCCAUGCGUAAUUGGGAAAAACAAAAACGUGUAUGGAGUAAUGUAGAGGCAAACAUCCAGCGACGUGUUAACAGGAACGGUAAGGCCCGAGGGGCUUAUAUGAAUAUGGGAGAGGGAGUUUAUCAAACUCGUUUACGUGAAGAGGAACUCGCGUUGGUUGGUAACGCCGUACCAUCGAGUAUCUUCUCAGGUGUAUAUACAUGGGAAAGUACACUCCGUGCUUCUGAAGAUGGAGCCGCUCUUCGUUAUCUCAAGUUUGGAAGGUCCAAUUUUCCAUAUCCAUUGUAUGUUAAAGUAACCGAUAGAGCACGAGUGGAUCCGGAUCAUCUUCAAAACACUCGCAUUGUAUUUCAACAUGAACAACUCCCAAAAGAUUCUAAUACUCCUACUACUACUGUUACUACUACUACUGCUGCUGGUGGUGGUGGUGCUCAUUUUGGUACAACAACAACAACUACUACAACUACUAUUGCUUCUACUACUACUACUACUACUACUAAUGUGGAUGAAGAUGAUGAUGAGAAUGAGGAUGGAGAUGAAGUUUCGACUUUUGCUGCUACACGCAAACACUCUCAAGAGGCUCUUGCGAAUGUGAAACCCGUUUCCUUUAGUGCUGGGAAUUACUAUGAGGAAAAGAUGAAGCGAUAUCUACCAAUUAUUGAGGAGCGAAUGUCCCAUUUUUUCUUACCACGAGCCUACUUGGAAGUUUGUGGUAAACCUCCUGUGUGGACUACAAAUGUGGAAGAUGCAAAAGCGGCAAAGAAGGCAGCACCUGCUGUAGUGCAUAUCCCUCCUCCACCUACAAAAACUUCACCAACUACAACUUCUCUAAACCAGACGAAAACAGCUUUGGCAACACAGAAACAACAACAAGAAAAGGUAAAGAGUCGUCUUCCAAGUAUGGGAGAUCCAGCUAUGCGGGCAGUGAGCAUGGAUGUCGCAGCAUCUUCUGAUCAAGAACCUCCAGGAGAACUUAUUUUGGAGAUAUCUUCCACACGUCUUCUUUUCUUUGCGAGUCCCGGUGAACUAGCGCAUGGAUUUGUAAAAAUAAAAAACAAUGGUAUGAUGACAGUGUACUACACUUGGGAAGCACAUCAACCUAUUACCGCCCUAGACGGUGAUCUUGCGGCUGAGGAUGCGGAUGAUAAAGAUAAAGAUACUGAAGAAGAAGAGGAAGAGGAAGAAGAUGAUGAUGAGGGCGCUGGGAAGUAUGAAAGUCCCUUUCAAAGUGAUGAAAAGGAAGAAGUGGAAGAUUCCCACAAAAACGUAAAUGGUAAUCCCCAGAAUCAUCUAGAGAAAGUGGGAGAGAAUGGACAACAACCACAACGAGAAGAAGAACAACAACAACAAAAGAAGAAGAAUAAAAAGAAGAAGAAGAACAAGGCAGUAACAGAGCAACAGAGAGUUCCACUACGCUCGCUGGCUCAAAAAUCUGCACAGUCCAAAUCCUUUUUCUGUCUUUCAACUCCAUUUGAUGGUGUUAUCCUCCCAGGAGAUGAGGAAAUAUUUCCUUUCUCUGUUAGAGCACCUUUUCCAGGACGUUUUACGCAGCACUAUGAGUUUCUUGUGAUUCCUGUUCUCUCUUCCCGCAUUAUUGUGGAGCUCUGCGCUAUUGUACAAGAUGGUGGACCAUCACUAGAGGCUAUCUCACGCCCGAUUGCAAAUGCAAUUGGUUCAAAGGCCGUUGUUGAUACCCAACGGGCCAUUAUAAAUGAAUUGGUGGCAAAUGAUGAUGUGUAUGAAGCUGUUGAAAUUGAAAAGGCAACACAAGAGCAAAUCACUUUGGCACGAGCACCAGAAGUCGCACGGGAGGCAUUAACAUCCAAAUGGCGUGAGGCAUGGAAUGAAUUCACUUAUACAUCUCUACGUAUUCCAUUUAAUUGUGAUGUGUAUGCACGAUUGGAUGCUUUACAUUCAAACCUCGCACGUACCAUGGACUCCCUUGGACAACCAUUACAUCAUAAAGAAUGGGAUGGAUCUGUACAAACACUACAGGCCGAUUUAUGUAUUUUACGUGAUGCCCCUUCACGUAAUAUACUACGUGAAGCUCUUAACGUAUUACUACAGGCAGCGAGUGUGAGUGAGCAAGAGACGGAACCACUUGAUCUUUUACUGCAACGCGUUGCCGGAACGACAGCCUUCACUAUAUUAGCACAGCGUACAUGUGAAUUAGAUGAUACGAUUGCAUUUUCUCUUGGACUGCGUUCACCACGAAGUGCCCAAACCGCACCUGCAUUGCAGAUUAGUCGUUCUUUGGGUUCUGCUGGUAUGAUGACGGCUACUCCUGGUGCUAUGAGUGGGGCCUCUGCAAGUAUCAAUGCUCCUACAGGAGGACGUAAAGGUAUUAGCUCUGCUAACUCUGUGGGAAAAGCUUCUGGUAAAGUCUCAGGUAGAGGAAAAGGUACUGUUCCUCAUGAUAGUACCGCUGGUUUUGGUGCUUCUGUUUCUGCUAGAGAAGCAAUUGUGGAGGAACUGAUGGCUUUUGCGGAAUCAUUGGGUGGUGGUGAUAUCUCUGUAGAUACAGCUAUUAAAGAAGAAUACAAUACACGUUUCUUCUUGGGUAUGAGACGUCUAGUUGGUGAUGCUAUCGAUCGUAUAUGUGCUACUUGGGAUAGUUCUCGCUCUAGUGUGGAGGCGGCAUGUGGAUUGUCUCUACUUGACACUGUUGAGAAUAUGCGUGCAGAUGAUGUGCGUGUUAUUCAAGCUGCAGAUGAGAUUGAUAUUGACUUUACAGUGGAAGUGAUACAACCAAAGAGGAGGAAAUAG